UUUCAAUCUCUUUCCCUUCCUUUCCUUGAAAAUCACUCUCCACGAUCAUGGCAGCACUCAAUUCGAGCACUUGGGCCAAACCUCAAUUCCAUCACCCUCUCUCUUCUUCUUCCUCAUUAUUAACAGACAUGGGCUUCCCCACUAGGUUUCCCAAGAAGCCCAUUGGAGAGGUGGUGAAUUGUGCUCUACACUCCCCCCCAGUGACCCAUUUUCCAAACCAACCCUUCACAAAAACACUCCAAAUUACCAAAGAACCUACCUACCCCCCCGCGGAAAGGCCUCAGUGGAACCCAUUCCAAAAAGCCGCCGCCAAGGCCCUCGACAUGUUCGAGAGCGCGUUGCUCUCACGCGAGCUCAGCCAACCCCUCCCCAAAACCACUGACCCACGCGUCCAAAUUGCCGGUAACUUCGCCCCCGUUCCGGAACACCCCGUCCAACAUUCCCUCCCCGUUAUUGGCACAAUCCCAGACGCAGUUAACGGCGUUUAUCUCCGUAACGGCGCCAACCCAUUGUUCCAUCCCAAAGCCGGUCACCACCUCUUCGACGGCGACGGAAUGGUCCACGCCGUUAAAAUCAAUCACGGCACCGCCAGCUACGCCUGCCGCUUCACCGAAACGCAGCGUCUCAUUCAGGAGCACGCAUUGGGAAAACCGGUGUUUCCGAAAGCAAUCGGCGAGCUCCACGGCCAUUCCGGCAUCGCGAGGCUGAUGCUGUUCUACGCGAGAGGCUUGUGCGGCAUCGUCGACCACCGCAGCGGCGCCGGCUCCGCCAACGCUGGCCUGGUCUUCUUCAACGGAAAACUCCUCGCCAUGUCGGAGGACGACCUCCCCUACGAGCUCCGAAUCACCGCCUCCGGCGACCUCGAAACAAUCGGUCGCUACAGCUUCCACGACCAGCUCAAUUCCUCCAUGAUCGCGCAUCCGAAGGUGGAUCCUAUCUCCGGCGAGCUUUUCACUCUAAGCUACGACGUCACGAGCAAGUACCUCAAAUACUUCCGUUUCUCGCCGGAGGAGGAGAAGAAGUCGCCGGACGUGGAAAUCCCCCUCGGCGCCGCGACGAUGACGCACGACUUCGCGAUCACGGAGAAUUUCGUCGUGAUCCCAGACCAGAAGGUGGUGUUCAAGCUCGGCGAAAUGAUAAAAGGAGGAUCGCCGGUGAUCUACGACGACGAGAAGAAAUCGCGGUUCGGAAUUCUUCCGAAGUACGCCUCCGACGCGUCGAGCAUCGUGUGGGUGGAGUCACCAGACACGUUCUUCUUCCACUUCUGGAACGCGUGGGAGGAACGCGAGACGGACGAAGUUGUAGUAAUAGGUUCCUGCAUGACGCCACCGGAUUCAAUAUUCAAAGACACCGAAGAGAGUCUGAAAAGUGUCUUAACAGAAAUAAGGCUUAACAUAAGAAGCGGGAAGUCGACGCGGCGUGUGGUGGUAGAGGAAAUGAACCUGGAGGCGGGGAUGGUGAACCGGAACAGGCUGGGGAGAAAAACCCGGUUCGCGUACUUGUGCAUAGCGGAACCGUGGCCGAAGGUGUCGGGAUUCGCGAAGGUGGACCUGGAGAGUGGGGAAGUGAAGAGGCACGAGUACGGAGAGAGAAGGUUCGGGGGAGAGCCAUUCUUUUUGCCAACACGUGGAGAGAAUGGGAAUGAGGAUGAAGGGUACGUGAUGGCUUUUGUGCAUGACGAGGUGACGUGGCAGUCCGAGUUGCAGAUUCUGAAUGCACUUGAUUUGAAGUUGGAGGCCACCAUCAUGCUGCCUUCCAGAGUGCCCUAUGGCUUUCAUGGCACGUUUGUGGAGGCUAUGGAUUUGCCCCAGUGACUCCAGCUCAGCUCCGGUAAACGGUCAAAAUCAUUUCACUUUCUUUCUACUCAAUAAAUAUAAUAUAAACAUGGAAUCAGCUUGUAGCUUUGGACUAUGUAAGCUCAGCUGCUUUCUGUUUCUUUCUUCUUCUUUUUUAAGAAAUAUAUAAAUUUAAUUUAUUUAAAAGAAAGAAUAAUUCACUUUCCGUUCUGCUAUUUGAUCUGUUAUGCAGUCACACGAUUUUAUUCUUAUAAUAAAAAAUGUUUCUAUGAAGAUAUUUUAUAAACAAUGCGUACGUGACUUUAACUCUAAGCAACAAGAGACUUUGUGUCUGAAUGAAUAGAAUCAUACUUUGCCUUUCUGAGUCCUUUGUCAUCCGUCAUA